CUUUGUGACAGCUUGUUUGUGUGGAAGCUGUAUGUUUGCGCUCCGUGACACAGAAGUUAUGUGUUUUCUGGUGUGGGAUUAAAUAUCGAUCCUGGCAUUAAAAGAAAGAAAAAAAGAAAAAAAUCCAAAAAUAAAAGUAUGUCUUCCUUUGGAGAGCGAAGAGACGGAGUUUCUGCAGACGAGGAUGCGCAGCCGCCGCAGCCGAAGACGCGCACGGCGCAGGUAUUCCCACUGCCCUUCAGCGUGGAGGCGCUCAUGUCGGACACGGGCAGGCCGCUGGCUGCCACGGACACCGACACGGGAAGUAGUGACUCUUUGAGUGACGAUCAAGAGCCAAUAUGCAUUAAAUCAGAGCCGACGGAACGAGAUGUAGCGCCUUGGAUCUCCAGUCCCACUAUGACCACUUCACCACGGCAGCUCAGUCCAAACAUCUGUUCUUUGAGGAAGCACAAAACCAACCGCAAGCCUCGCACCCCCUUCACCACCACACAGCUCCUGGCCCUGGAGAGGAAGUUUCAUCAAAAGCAGUACUUGUCCAUCGCGGAGAGGGCUGAGUUCUCCUCCUCACUGUCACUGUCGGAGACCCAGGUCAAGAUCUGGUUCCAAAACCGACGAGCCAAAGCCAAGAGGCUGCAGGAGGCAGAGGUGGAGAAAAUCAAACUGGCAGCUGGUGUAGGGCCCAAAGCCAUGUUCUACUCAGGCUUCUCAUCUUUAGGCCUCCCCGUCAGCGUGAACCUGCAGACUGGACCGGCCUCGCUGUAUGGACUGGGCUGCUCCUACAGCCGCAGCACCCUGCUCCCAGCUGCACAUCUGGCCAUGUACGCCUCACCGGUCAGCCGCCGCCUGUUCAACUUCUCCUGAAACAAAGAGCUGUUAUACAGACUGAAUUCUGGGAAAAGAAGGACAAGACUGUCAUAAAAUCAUGCACCUUGUGAAAGAGUCAAUUAUGGACGAGAGAUGAAGCUGAAAAUUAAUCUUCAGUGGUCUUGAGAAUUUAUGAAUAUUUUUUUUCAUGAGUCUGUUGAAGGACAAGGACAGAGCAUCCUAAAACCUUCCUUUGCUGUUUGGCAGCGCUGAUGCAGUAGGUCAAGAUAAUUAAGGGAAUAUUGAUCGGACAAUGUGUAUCUCGUAUUGUCUUGAAUACCAAAUUUCAUUUAUUUCCUCUUCGACUCUUCUAGUUUCCUAGCAAAGGAAGCAUUAUUUUUCACUCGAUAGCCUCCAAUAUACCUGAAAGACAAAUCCUUCCAAAGUGAAACAUAUUUAUUUUUUAACAGCUGUUUGGUAGCUGGUAGAUCAGGUCACUUCAUAAUGCAUAAUGUAGCCUACUUUUGAAAAAGUUCAUUUGUAUGACAUUAAAUUAAAGCUUUCAGUGAACAAGCUGCAUAGUCUUUGGUUGUUUGGGGCUGAUGUAUCUUAGGCACUUGACAAACUUUCACUUCACUUCAGUCUGGAGGGCAUCUGCUUCUGACUUUCAGCUGCUUUUUUUGUCUUGCUUACUCCACAAAUAAUCAGCACAUGUGCUGUUUUGCCAAACUAAUGCUUCUAAGACCUCUUCUUAUCCAACUUCUACAGAGAACAGAAAUGCUCAACGCCCAGUGUACAUGCAGUUGAUGUGUAGAAGAUGAUAUUUUAAGGCUUUACUUUCUAUAGGAGUAACCCCGCCAGACUGACUUUGUCUUUUGUUCAGGAAAUGCAUCUUUAUCCCAUCAUCAUCCCUCACUUCCCAUAAUCACCUUGAAUUAUGACCUUGAUAUAGGUUCAUCCGUGAGAAUACUGACUGCUCUCUUUGGCCUCCACUGUUGAUUUUUACAUAAAAAAAAUUAUGCCAAAUACAGGGUUAAAUUUAGAGAAAAAAAAUAUUAGAGCUACUUUUCAGUACAUACCAUAAUUAGCCAUAGCAGCCUUAAAUAUUUAAUAGGUAAUAAAUGUAUGUUUGCAGCAUUGCAAGCAGUUUUGUCAGUAUAUCACACUGUUUGUUGGAGCUUAAAGAUCAAAUUUUAUAUUGAGGUUUUUCCAUUCAUUAAUCAAGGAACCUUGGAUGUAAGGACGCUGUGCAUGACGGACCAAAUCAUAUUAGUCAAACCAUUAUUUAGUAUCAUAAUCUCCUCCAGAGCUUUACACUAAAAUGCAACUCAUAGGCAUGAAGGGGAAUGAGGUGUUGUACAGUAAAUAAGGGUGGAUGUAAAACUGGGUGGCCCAAAUGAAGAGGUGUUGUAUUCUUUAAUAGCUAUUUAUCCAUCCAAAUCUCCUCUGAAUGUGUGGAAUUAUGUUCACAGAAAGGAAUAUUUGGGGCAAAUAGCAUAUCUGGCGUUGGCAUAAUUGCAAACAUGUGUUUCCAUAUUGCUCUUGGAUAAUGCAGAGGUUGGGGUUGUAUUCAUUUGAUGUGAGCUCUAUCUUUAAACUGUAUACUUUAAAUGAACUCAGUCGGUUUGUGUGAACUUUGCAAUACAGCAUAGCAGACUGUCCCUUCACAGUCCCUAGUUUAAUUGUCCUUGUUCCUGAAUUCUGGUUCCAAAACUCUGUGAAAUUAUAUGUGUAGACUCAGUGAUAACACAGCAGUGCGUGGUCUCUCUCUCCCUCUCUCUCUUUCGCCUUCUGUAAACUUGGAAAAAGCUUGUUACCAUUAGCACAUAUUUCACAGGCCAUUUGCUCCCCUCCAUUUUGAAAUUAAACCCGGCAUUAAGCUGAUAGUGAGGUCUUUAAUGGGAAUGAUUGCCCAAUAACCUCAGUUUCUAGUUUCUCAUGUUUUAAAUGUGAAACCUUAGCAGAGGAAAUGACCCUAGCCCAGAAACUCAGCUGACCACUGAUUUAGACAAAAAGAGAGGUGAGGUCUAGAGAAUCCUUAUUUGUCAGUAUAUUAUACUUAUAUUGUACAACACACAUUGAAACUGUACCUCAGCAUUUAACUGAACAUGCAGGAACACACCACAUACUGCAGACUACACUGCAAAAAUCAAAAUC